AUGUACGUGGACAGCAACGAAUGCCUCGGGGAUGACAGGUGCAACUGGGUGUACGACAAUGAGAAGUGCAUGAAUCCGAUUGGCUACAGCGCUGUCUACAACGGCAUUUUCGCUGCCGCGAUGAUUGUUGGCGCAUUGUUUGGAGCUGUCUCCGCAGGGCAUUUUAUUGCAAAGUUUGGCCACAAGGUGUCGUUCCUGGUCAGUGGCAUAGUUAGCGUUGUGUCGUCUGUGAUGUACCAUGUGGCCUCGGAUACGAAUGAAUUCUGGGUGCUGUGCAUUGGCCGUCUUCUGAUCGGCGUUGUGCUUGGCCUGGUGUGUGUUGCCUGUCCGAUGUAUGUUGACCAGAACGCGCACCCGAAGCUGUUGAAGGUGGACGGUGUUAUGUUCCAGGUGUUCAUCACGUUCGGUAUUAUGUUCGCUGCAUUGAUGGGUCUUGCUCUUGGCUACAGCGUGAACUUUGACAAGGACGCGAAGAUGGAUGGUCGCAUGCAGGGCUUGUGCGCCUUCUCAACGCUGCUGUCGGUGAUCAUGAUCCUGCUUGGCAUUGUCCUUGGCGAGAGCAAGACGAAUUUCGUGGGUGGCAAGCAGGAGGGAGAGAGCGCUGCGCUUGAUACGAACGAGUACAGCUACGCACAGAUGUUUGGCCGCCUGGUGAUGGGUGUAGUGACUGCCGGAACGCUGCAGCUGACUGGCAUCAACGCCGUGAUGAACUACGCCCCGACGAUCAUGAGAAGAUUGGGGAUGGAGGCUCUUGUGGGUAACGCCGUGGUUAUGGUGUGGAAUUUUGUGACAACUCUGGUGGCGAUCCCACUCGCCUCGUUCUUCACGAUGCGGCAGCUGUUCCUCGCCUGCUCGCUCGUUGCUUCCGUUGCGUGCUUGUUCCUAUGCGGCGUCCCUGUGUACCCCGGUGUCGCCGAGACGAACGUGAAGAAUGGCGUUGCGAUCACUGGCAUCGCCGUCUUCAUUGCCGCGUUCGAGUUUGGUGUUGGGCCGUGCUUCUUUGUGCUCGCGCAGGAUCUGUUCCCGCGCUCUUUCCGUCCGAAGGGUGCGUCCUUUGUGGUCAUGGCGAAUUUCAUCUUCAACAUCAUUAUCAACGUGUGCUACCCAAUCGCAACGGAAGGAAUCUCUGGCGGCCCGUCCGGCAAUCAGGACAAGGGACAGUCGGUUGCCUUCAUCUUCUUCGGCUGCAUCGGCCUUGUCUGCUUUGUGCUGGAGCUGUUCUUCCUGUACCCUUGGGAGGAGAGCGAGCCGCCGGUUGGCGAAGAUGAGGCCUCGUUGGAGGUUGACCAGCACUCACCCAUCGAGGUUGCGACACCUGAUAACCGUCAGACUGCGUGA